CCUUCACAUUUUUACCAACAACAAAAUAAAAUUUCCCACUUUCUCUCUCCUCAAACCAUUUCCAUCCACUCUCUCUUCUCACUCUCCUCAAACCUCCAUCAAUGGCGACCACCGAAUCACCUCCACAACCUCAAGACUCCCUCAUCCUCUUCAGCGGCCCUUCCUCCUUCCAACCCCAACCUCCUCCACCUCCGCCGCCGUCUCCGUCGUCGCAGAAAUCGCCGGCGUUUGGACUGUUCUCAUUCCAGAAACGUCCGCCGUUGCGAGUCACAACAGAAUUCGACAGCGAAAGCUCGGUGUUCUUCCACAAAGUAUCGUCAAAGCUUUUCAAUGGAUUGGCUAAAUUGAAAUUCACUUUCCAUAAUAAUCCCAAGGGUGAAGUUGCUGAGCCGCAAAUCGCUCUUAUUACGAAGCAUCUUGCUAUUCAUUAUGAUGUUGAGGAACAGAAUGCGUUGGUUAAAGGGUUUCUUGAUGUUGGCCCUAAUCUUAAACUUAAGGCUGCUCAUAAUAUCCAGGCACGACAAGGAGAAGUCUCAUUGGCAGCAAAUCUCUCUGAUCCAGGCUACAAAUUUGAACUGGCCACUGAUUUUCCUUCUAUUGGUCUGCCAAAGGCAACUUUAACAUUUCCUUGUGGUGAAGUUUCAUUAGUUGAGAAAGAUGAUGAAGAUUUGAAGAGAGUUUUGUCAGUAAGUGGUAUUGCGAAAGGUUCAAUUCUCAAUGGCCUUUGCACUGCUGUGUACUGCGAUGAAACUUUGAAACUAAGAUACUCAUAUAAGGAUGAUGAAAUGUCAUUUAUUCCAAGCAUUUCUUUGCCUUCAAAUGCUGUUUCAUUUGCAUUCAAGCGACGCUUUGGUCCUUCAGACAAAUUAAGUUACUGGUACGACUUUGAUACAAAUUAUUGGAGUACUGCGUACAAGCAUACUGUUGGCAAAGAUUAUAAGUUUAAAGCUGGGUAUGAUUCCGAGGUCAGGCUUGGAUGGGCGUCACUUUGGGUUGGAGAUGAAGGUGGUAAAGCUAAAGCUGCGCCGAUGAAAAUGAAAGUGCAAUUCAUGCUUCAAGUGCCUCAGGAUGAUAUAAAAUCUUCAGUUUUGAUGUUCCGGGUAAAGAAGAGGUGGGAUAUAUGAUAUAGUGUAGGCAGGGUUUUUUUUUUCUUUUUUAUUGGGUGCUUAGUCUUUAAGCUCCAUAAUGGAUUUAGAGAAGAUGUUAAUCAAUAGGCAUUUUUGUUUCUGCAAAUAUAACUCUUUUGUAAUUUAUUGAUAUUUGCACUUAUAUAAUUUAAUGUGAGGAAUAUUUGAGAAGCCAGGUACGUAAUUGGGGUAUUAUUCACGAGGUGUGUUAUAACUCUAUACAAUAUAUUAUCUCCUUUGUUUUUAAUACUAGUAACACUUUAACUUUUAA